AUGAAAAGAUCAUCGUCAAAUAAAUCAAUUGAUAAAAAACGACAGUCAACAGUAGUAUCAACUGAAUGUAAAAUUUGUGGAGAUUCAGCUGUACAUUCAUUUUUUGGUGUUGUAUCAUGUAAUUCAUGUAAAGUAUUUUUUAAACGAAAUGCUCAACAAAGACAGAAAUUAUUGAAAUGUUAUUGGAAUGGUGAUUGUGAAAUAAAUAUCAAUACUCGUCAUGUAUGUGCUUCUUGUCGACUUCGUAAAUGUAUUAUAAAUGGUAUGCAAGCUGAAAUGAUUCGAGGAUCUUAUUCAAAAAGAUAUAAAGUAAGGGAAAAAACAAAUGAUAUGGUUAAUCCAACACAAACAACAACAUCAACAGUUGUAGCUAGAUUAAAUCAACUUGAACAGUUUCCAACUUUGAAUCUUUUACAAUCAGAUCAAUCAACAUUAACUGUCGAUCAAUGGAAUCUUAUCUCAAAUUUAUCACAUUGUUAUAAUGAACAUAGUGGAUUAUCAAUUGGUGAAAAUUUUAUGUGCCAACAAAAUAAAUUACCUCUUAAAUUACGUUUUAAAAGUGCACCAGUAAUAGAAUUUUUCCGAAUGGAAUUAGAUCAAACUCAAUUAUUAUAUAAAAACAAUCGAGAUUUUGUGGAUUUAUCUGAAGAUGAUCGUUCUAUUUUACUUCAUUAUUCAUUUAAAUAUACAGCAACUAUUUCUGCAAAUUUCAUUUAUCAUCAAAUUGGAUUAUGUAAUUAUCCUGCUUUUUAUGAUACUGUUGCAUUAGUUAGUAAUCCAGAUGUAGCAAUUGCUACUAAACGUAUACAAAGUCUACUUAAUUUUGAUAUGAUAACUAUGAAAUUAUUUCUUGCUAUUCUUUCUUUCUCAACAAUCAGUUAUAUAACUGAUACAAAUACUUCUUCAAAAAAUUGCACAAAUAUGAAACAAAUUUUAAAUAUUCAAGAUAGAUAUAUUGAAUUAACAUGGAAAUAUUUACUCUAUAAAAAUACAUAUGGGGAAGUUAUUAAAUAUUUUUCUGAUUUGGUUCGAUAUUUCUUUGCUAUUCAUGAUGCUUUAGUUAAAGCACGGACUGUUCAAUGGUUGGCAGAUGAAAUAGAUUCUCUUGUGAAACAGACUAAACGAACUUUAAUAUCCGAUAAAUAA